AUGGAUGUUGUUGGUGAGAAUUAUCCACCAGCACCUUCCAAAGCUUUAAUGGCGCGUAUUUUAUCUAUGGUUAAAAUGGCUUUACUUGUUUGUCUUCUGUUUGGCCAGAACCCUUUUGUUCUUUUAAAUAUUCCAACUCCAGCAGCUUAUUCGUGGGCACUACAAAACAAAAUGUAUGCAUGUUUAAUGGUGUUCUUCUUUUCGAAUUCAAUUGAAUCAUAUUUGAUCUCAACGGGUGCCUUUGAAAUAUCAGUUAAUGAUGUUCCACUAUGGUCCAAGAUUGAAACAGGUCGUUUACCAUCAGCCAAUGAAUUCAUACAAAUGUUACAAACAUUUUCCACGAAGACCGAUUUUAAUGCUGCUGGUUCAAUCAAUUUCUAA